CAGGAGGAGCACAGUCCAAAGGAGUUACAGCAAGAGGAGGAGCAGGGCAGUCCAGACACACAGAGAGAGAGGAAGAGGAGAAAGUAUAGAGGAAAAAUAAGGUCGGGAUUAUUUGCUGUGAAAUUUUUUGGAGACCUUUUUUUUUUUUUUGUACGCACGGCUGGAACAGACUCGUGGAGACGCAGAAGAACCGCAGCUCGGCGUCCUCUCCUCCCUCCCUGAGACCUCACCGACUCGCUCCUACCCUACCUGCUGGUUGUCUACACGGCGGUGUUCGCACCGGCUCUCCUCCAUGUAUAAGAUGGAUUACUCCUACCUGAACUCCUACGACUCCUGCAUGGCGGCCAUGGAAGCGUCGGCCUACGCGGACUUCAGCUCCUGCAGCCAGGCCAGCUCUUUCCAGUACAACCCGAUCCGGAGCGGACCCUUCUCCAAUCCGGGCUGCGCUCCGCUCAGCACGGCCAGCUGUACACUAGGGGCCCUGAGGGAGCACCAACCGACUCCCUACUCCUCAGUUCCUUACAAGUUUUUCUCGGACCCCUCGGGCCUGAACGAGAAGCGGAAGCAGCGUCGCAUCAGAACAACCUUCACCAGCUCUCAGCUGAAGGAGCUGGAGCGGGUGUUCGCAGAGACUCACUACCCGGACAUUUACACCCGGGAGGAGCUGGCCCUGAAGAUAGAUUUGACCGAGGCCCGUGUCCAGGUGUGGUUUCAGAACAGACGUGCCAAGUUCCGUAAACAGGAGCGCGCAGCCAACGCCAAAGCCAACAGCUCUGGUGGCGCCACGGGCAGCAGCACCACCGGCAGCAGCUCUGGCGGGAAGAAAGGUGGAGAGACCAGAUCCUCAUCAGACGAUGACGAGUCCAAAGAAUCUACCUGCAGCCCUACACCCGACAGCACCGCCUCCCUGCCCGGCUCGGCCAACGGAAACCUGGGCAGCCCGGCCAGCCUGAGCCCGAGUCCGGUGCCCGCCAACAGCUACGUCAACGCCUCAAGCUCCCCGGUCCUGCAGGGCCUAAAGCCGCCCAGCUGGUCCAGCCUGGGGCCGUCCAACCCCGCCGUGGCCCAGCCCGCUGCCCAGACUCAGGAGAUCCUGAAGGCCUGGCAGCCGGCGGACAGUAUGACCGGGCCUUUUGCUGGAGUUCUGUCCUCCUUCCACAGAAAACCCAACCCGGCCAUCAAGACAAAUCUGUUUUGAAGCACAGACGCAGCGAAAAGGACGAGACGAGUGGACAGGAAUCGGUCGACCGGAACAGAGGGAAGUGAGCUUCAGUGAGAGCGGUGGUCUACUACGCCGUAACUUCAGCCUUGGAUACUUCUGAGGGAAACAUCCUGGCGACGUCAUUCAAAACACACACACACACACACACACACACACAAGGCAGUCAACAGUUGGACACAAGCCCUCUGUCCUUCUGUCCUUUCAACCUAUUAUGCAACUGUGCACAUUACGCCUGACAUAUACACUACCCGGACAUGGACCAGAGGUCACUCUUACAAAGUCGAACAGAGAACACGUUUGUCCGUGUGUGUGUGUGUUUUUUCCUUCAUUUAAA